AUUCACGGGCUACAGAGCUGAUCACGGGAUACAUCUAAUAAACAAAAAUUGACCUUAAAAAAAUAAAAAAAAAUAAAAAAAUGACGCCAAAGCCAUCGCUCCCUCUGAUCGACCUCUCCUCCCCCGAUCGCGCCUCCACCGCGAAAUCAAUCCGCGAGGCAUGUUUGGAACACGGGUUCUUCUACCUAAUAAACCACGGAAUCGAAAAGGAAACCCUAGACCGAGUGUUUGCGGAGAGCAAGAAGUUCUUCUCGCUGCCACUCGACGAGAAGAUGAAGCUCGAGCACAGCAAGGAUCACACUGGCUACACUCCCAUGUGCUCCGAGACCCUCGAUCCUUCUACCGAGUUUAAAGGGGAUUUGAAGGAGGGCUUUUACAUUGGUCCUAUUGCCAGUAGCAACUCAUCAGUUGAUAUAAACCAAUGGCCUUCAGAAGAGAAAUUGCCAUGUUGGAGAGCCACAAUGGAAAUGUACCAUGGAAAAGCCCUGGCCGUGGACAAAGUAUUAGUCAGUUUGAUCGCUCUGGCUUUAAACCUUGAUGAACAGUUCUUCGAGAAACUUGGAGCAAUGAAUAAUCCAAUGGCAUUUAUUCGCCUAUUGCAUUAUCCAGGCGAACUAACAGAUGCUGAUGUUGGUAAGUAUGGUGCAUCUGCCCAUUCAGAUUAUGGAAUGCUGACACUUCUAGCAACUGAUGGUGUUCCGGGUCUUCAGAUAUGCCGGGAAAAAGACAGGGAACCUCAACUCUGGGAGGAUGUGCAUCAUGUUGAUGGAGCUCUAAUUGUUAAUGUUGGAGAUAUGUUGGAGAGGUGGACUAACUGCAUAUUCCGGUCAACAUUGCAUAGGGUCCUCGCAGUUGGGAAAGAACGAUAUUCAGUUGCCUUCUUUCUCGAUCCAGACUUUGAUUGCAUAGUCGAGUGCUUCCAAUUAUGUUGUAGGUUUCCGCCCAUCCGCAGUGGUGACUACUUGCAAGAGCGCCUAAGAACUACAUAUGCUACAUCCUCAAAGUAAUGACAGUUUGUUGCCAUACAGUAUUUACUGUUAAAAAAAAUUAAAAUGGGCGUGGCUGGAUCAAAUGACACAAAAAAUCGAAGCAUGAUAUCUUCAUAUAUAAGAAUAUGUUAGUCUUCAAAGCUCCAUGUUGUGCUUGAAUUAGGCAGCCCAUGUGUUCAUAAUGUACUAAAAAUCUUUAGAACCUUAUUUUGUACAACCUAUCUAAAGUAUUGCUUUGUGCUUGUAAAAGCAGCAGGCUUUUAAUUAACUGGCAUGUUGUCAUCAGGCAUAAUUCCCUCAAAGGCUGCGGUAUCAUGCCCUAUGUUACUGCUAUUGCCCCAGGAAUAAUACAUAAAGUUAUCGACGAUGUCCUAUGUUUAUGAUCCUUCAGGAAAAAAAAAGGUUCUUUACU